AUGUCGACGUACUACAACGAUGAAAAGCAGUUUGAUGCAGAUAAGUUUAGAUAUUCCUACACUUCUUUGACAGGCAGUGAUCCAGGCCUGAGGAGCCUUCUUCUGGAGCAGCUUUGUCAGUUGCACGAGUUCUAUAGUGUUGCCUUCCAGUGUGGUGCUUUCCAGUUUGGUUCUUGUAGGAUGUUGGAGUAUGGGGGAGGACCGAGUCAAGUGCAUCCUCUCAAAAUUGCCGAACUGUGGAGAUCAAACAGUAAGAGUGCGCGAGAUCUGUCCGAUCUAUUUGAGCAUGUAGUUGGAGAAUUAGAGGGAAGUAAAGCUAGGGCACAAGAAAGAGAGGACACUCUAAGAUCAGUGAUAUCUCAAAUUAUUCCUUGUGACAUUACAAAGUCAGAGGUGAUUAGUGACGUCACUCUACCAUUUGAUAUCAUUUCUACUCAUUUCUGUCUCAUCUGUGGCUGCACAUUAUUGGAAGAAUAUCGAAAAGGUCUCGAGAAGUUAGCUCUACUUCUUGGACCAGGAGAUUGUAUUGUCAUGACAGAAGCAUAA